UGAUCGAGACGCGACAGCGUGAGUAUGGGGUGCGCGCGCAAUACCCCGCGAGACGUAUCGUACGGCAUUGCGCUUUGAACCGUUUGACGACGAGCUACGACGCGACGAUUCCGCUUUUCGACAGGAGAUAAGAAGGACAAACACACCUCGGAUUCCCGUCUGCCUGCAAAAUCGCACCUCGUCGCAACGCAGUCACUUGAACAGCGCAGUUCGCGGCGCGAGCGCGCCUGAUACGCGUAUGUCGCCGGGAAAUCCGACCGGCUCCGAGCAUUCGAUUUUCCGCUCGAUGAGUGAAAGAUUCGCCGCGUUAUCGUGAAACGAGAUCGGGAUCCUCCGCGGGAUUCUCCGCGAUUGCGGUGAUCCGGUGUUGGUGACUCGGGAAGAAGGAUCUCCUUUGAAUUCGCGAAGCAAACUUUUCAAAUUGUUGAAAUCAUGUCGGUGCUACUGGAAGGUAGAUCGUACAGGCCGUUCAAGUCCUCGGAGGAAUAUCUGAUAGCGAUGAAGGAGGACCUGGCUGAAUGGCUGAACGCCCUGUAUCCGGAACUGAGGAUCAAUCUCGACAAUUUUAUGGACCGACUGGACACCGGUGUUGCUCUAUGUAAACAUGCGAACAACGUGCGGAAAUAUGCGGGCGACUACGUGGCGCGACGUCAGGCCCGCAAAAUGCCGAUGACACGCUCGAUAACCUCCCUGGCGCUGCCGAUGAGCCAGGUAGGUGACAUGCCCUACCUGCCAAACGCCAAAGCCGGCACUUUCUUCGCCCGCGACAACGUCUCGAACUUCAUCGACUGGUGCCGCAACAGUCUUGGCAUCAUCGAGUGCCUGCUCUUCGAGACCGAGGAUCUGAUAAUGCGUAAGAACGAGCGACACGUGAUAUUAUGCCUGCUGGAGGUGGCGCGUCGCGGCGCCAAGUUCGGCAUGCUCGCACCGUUGCUGGUCCAGAUGGAGAGGCAGAUCGAUCGCGAGAUCGCCGCCGAGAACAAGGCGGCGAAUGGCGCCGACAACGAGGAAAGCGACGACGAGUACGAGGAAGAGCCGUGUCUCAUAUACGGACCGCAGCCGCAAAUCGUCACGAACGAUCUCAAGACCCUCCACGAGUUGGUUCGCGAUAUCGUGGAGGAAUGCACGUGUCCGACGCAGUUUCCGAUGAUUCACGUAGCUGAGGGCAAGUAUCGGAUCGGCGACACCAAGGUCACGAUCUAUGUCCGGGUCCUACGUAGUCACGUGAUGGUCCGUGUCGGUGGAGGAUGGGAUACUCUCAGCCAUUAUUUAGAGAAACACGAUCCGUGCCGAUGCAGAAACUCGCAUCGCUCGAUGGUCUCAGCGAAGCUCAUUCAAAAGGCCGGCGGAUCCUUCGACCUGGGCAACGCGCAGGUGCAUUAUGAACGAUCAUCACCUCCGAGAACCCGGCGGAGUUCCGCGUCGAGCGUCGGUUCGGUGCAGAAUCUACAAUCGGCGCAGCUGCACGCACCACCCAGAAGCAUUUCCAGCAAUCGCUCGCGAUCGCCCACACCUCACCGGCCGACGGCCGGCAGCAAGCAACAACAACAGCAUCAGCUGCAAUCGAGCGACGAGCUGAAGAAGCGCUCGAGGAGUCCCACGCCACAUAGGAAACUGUUGGCGAGCCCGAAUCAGCAUCAGGCCGAUUUGGCGAAACAGAGAUCGAGGUCGCCGACGCCUAGAGCGAACCUGAGAUCGAGAAGUCCGACGCCGCGGAAGAAUAUAGAUUCGUUCAAAAGGAACGCCAACGAGGAGGCGCGAUCGCCACCUUAUCACGGAAAACUUCAAGAAAAUGGCCGAGAGAGCGGUCUUAAAGUACCGGGCGAGUUUACGAAACGAUAUAUCGUGGAGGGUGGCGUGGCGCGUCGUGCCGUCGAGAAGGACGACACGCCAAAGUACGAGCCGUCCAUCUACAACUACAAGUGCAGCGAGGACUCGAGCGGCAGUCGAAGCCCCACGCCGAGUAAAGAGGAACAACCACCCAUCGAGACUUUCGGCAAGGACACCACGGCGAACACCCAGAAGUCGCCGCAUGGCGAUGGAGAGCACUCGGACAACUGCAGCGAGGUGUCCGACGAGGGUUACCGAAGCCUCGGUGCCCUCCAAUCGUCCACCGCCAACGGGAAUUCCGCCAGUACGCAGAGCUCGCCCACGGUUGCCGAUUGUCAAAAGCAACCGCCAAAAACGGAGUCCGAGGAAAAAUCUGGCGUGGAGACCGACAGUAUUGAGACCGGGCUGCGCAAGGUAAUUCGAAAGGAUAGGCUGGCGAGUCCUUUACGAGUCUCGUCCCCGUCCAGGAGCGUGGCAUCCUCGUCAACGGGCGACAGGACGCCACGCGCCGGUUCUGUCGUGCGAGAGAAUAGCAAUCUAUCCAAGACGUCGUCCGGCAGUAAGACGCCCAAGGACAGCAAUUCUAGUCCGGAGGGUAGCCCGCUAAACCGAGGUGGUUCGAUACGCAAGGGCAACGGAAGCUAUGGGACGGUACGCAAGUCAACGCCGACCGGAAGUCUAAGCAAAGCGUUGUCACCGACACCGAUACCCAAUUCCACGAAAACAUCCGUUGGCGGUAGUGCCACGUGGAACGGCCGUCAGACUAGGAGGCGAGCUAGCAUUCAGACAGACACCUUCCUGGAUCCGAGAUCGACGCCGGCCACGUGCACCUCGACGCCGAGUUUCUCGCGGAAGAGCCCAGGCAGGCAGAGUUUGCAGUCGCGGCCGAAUAUGAACGGGAUUCAGUACGAUAGGAACGGCAGGAGGAUCAGAGGGUCUGCUACGGGCACCGCUUCCCUUCAAUCGUCGCCCACCAAGGUAACGAAUCCGCUGCUCGAUCAGAUUUUGCAAAAACUGGGCGAUUUGAAGGACGAGCGCCAAAUGGUGCAGAAGCUGCAAGGCCUUCUGAGGGACUAUCAGGCUAGCUCGACCGACGGUGCCGCGAAUAUGGAUUUCGCCAAAAUGUGGGUGGACAGUAACGGGACGAUGACUGUGCCCCAGGACGUUCAGGUAUCAGUUACUCCCCGAAAAGAUCCGAAACCCCAGGAAGGUUGCUCGAGGAUACCAGUGCCUCGUACUGUCUCUUAUAAAAGACCGAUGUCUGUGGCGUCAGACAGCGUUUGAGAGUGGUUUUUCUUUUUUGAUCGAGUUUUGAGAAUCGCGAGGUAUAUCGGGUAACCUUCCUGUGUUAAACUAAGUUAGUCUGAUCGGGUCAGCGCUGACGUUAGUGAGAGCAAUUAUAUCCGCGCGAAUAAUCGCGCCUCUUGCUGUGCUUGAUUCUUGAUUCGAUUUAAUAGAUAAGUCGGACGUCUUAAUCACGAUAGAAGAUGGGAGGGAGUGUAUGUAUGUUUUAUAGUUGACUUAAAAAUAUGUUUUAUAAUUGACUUAAAAAGAUAGUAUUUAAAGGGGGACUCAAAGAGAAGAGAGCUGUAGUUUAAAAAGUUUACAGAUUUUUAGAGGCGAAGGAAAAGAAAACAUCGAAAAAUCCAUGAUAAUAAAAAUUAUUUCAAAAGGAUCGUUUUUUGGAAAAAUUUUUAUUUUUAGAGAAUAUCGUAAAAAACUUCUUUCAUAAAAUUGAAAAUGUAUUGCUAAAGAAAAAUCUCUAAUUUAUUUAAAUUACUAUUUUUUAGAUUUUUUCUUUUUAAUAUCGAAAGAAGAUAUUCUUUAAGAUACUCUCUUUAAAUAUUUCAGAUAUUUAUAAAAUUACAAAUUAAUUAUUUUUAUAAGCUUGAAUUUGGAGAUCGAAAAACAUUUAUAAGUUUUAAUACGUAAAACUUGAAACUUUAAAAGUUUUAGGGAAAUCAUAUGUUAUUUGAAUUUUUAGGAUCUAAAUUUCGAAAAAUUCAAAUUCUACAUGAAUGUUUUGUAUUAUUUAAAUGUUUGUUUUAUUAUCGUAUAUGUUAUCAUCAUGGCAAUUCGACGCUUGGACUAUUGCUUUCUAUUUCUGCUCUUCGCCUACGCCUUCAACAACCAUCGUUGUAGAUCGAAGACGUCCGACUAGAGAAUAACUUAACGGGCCUUAACGGUACGGGGUCAAUCAGUUAGUAGCUCUUAGUAGUCACGUAUCGGGGUGGUGCUUAGAUGGUGCUGAAGAACGAGAUGACGUUUACGAUAGACAACAAAGUAAAAGAGAGAAAAGGAAAGGAAACUCGUUCCGUGGACAAGUUUUCAAUUGAUUAAUACGGACUCAAAAGUGUGCAAUUAAAUGCGGCGAGUCUCGCAUAAAUGGUUUUCCAAUCGAUCUACUUCCAAUCAUUUAGUUGCAUCCUAUAUGUUCGUCUGAAUAUUGCUGAGUUCGAAAUAAUAAACUUUAAAUUACCAUGCAAAUUUAUUUAAAAAAUUUUUUUAAUUAUUUUUAUCUUAUGCACGUAUUAUGACAUUUAUAAAAAUUAUGUAUAUAAAGUUUCCUUAAGUUUUUAAAUCUUUUGACAUAUAUAUAUAAAUACUAUUUAUAUAUGGUUAUGUUUAUAUGUGAUUUGACGAGCAUGGUACUUUAAGAGUUAAUACGAUCAAUGAUGCCGGACUUUCAAGAUCACAUAUCGUGAAAAAUUGUCGAGAGACCGUCGCAAUUGCAUGCUCAAUCGUUUUCACCGUUACCGAUCAGUAACGUCUAAUCAUUUUUAUUUAAUUAUAUAGUUUAUCGGUUAUAUAUUUAUCAGAGAGAUAAUUUAUUUAUACGUUACGGCCUCGCCACGAUAGAGAGGAAAGGAAUAAAAAGAAUAAGAAAGAUAUGGGAGAAAUAAUUGAUUAAAAAUUGAGAAGCGAAUAAAAGCGAGAGGAUCUCACACGUUUGGAUCCAUCGGAUAUAAAAUCAAACGCCCCUUUCUCCCUUCUCCCCCCACCACCCGUUUCCCCCAACCUGAAACAGAUUGCAUUGUGCAGAUAACGACAUGUGUUGUCGAACAAAUGCCAUUCCAGUGUUUAACUGUUUUUUAUACCAAACGCGAGCGUAGCGCCAAAUUUUGUACCAAGUGUCUUAGUAACGGAUUAAGGCGGAGAGAAAAGGAUUUAUUUUGUCGACGCGAUUAGCAUGCGAAAGAGGGAUAUUUUUUAGUACCGUGAUUAGAUAGUAAACGGUCAAUAUACGACGGCCUGAGUAGGAGCGUUUUACGAAUAUUCGGACGACGAUGGUGUUGCCGAUCCUCCUUCUCCGUUCGUUUCUCGUCGCCGGAGCUUUCAAGAAAGUCUUCUUUAAUUCGCUAACAUCGUACGCAUGUUAUACGUCCAUCAUGUAGGAAAUAUGCGAAAAUCGUGACGAAUCUUCUGAUAUAAAGAGCGGGGAUUAGUCGCGAUGGACUCCUUGCCUUAUUCGGAAUUCGAACCAUUUUCUACAUCUUACGCGUAUAAUAUCGUCGUGUUUUCUACACACAUACGCAACACACACACACACACACACACACACACACAAAAGUUAUAUAACAUUGCCUGUAAAUAUAUCCGCGAGCAGUUUCGGCGAAAAAUCUUUCUGCUAUUGCAAUUAAAUUGAUCUCUAGUCUAGACGGCCAUGGUGUGUAUCAUUUAUUUUACUUCGAAAUAGUUCGCGAUGACGUUUAAAUAAAUGCACACAAAACAGAUGGCCGAGAAAACACGACGGAUUUGCUACUGAAGUUCGGUGCUGCGCAAAUAUGGCGUUUUAUAUCUUCUGUAAAUAUAUAUAACGAAUACGUUGUUAUAGAAGCAUAUCUUCGUUUUUAUCAUGUAAAGCAUGUUCUACUAAGUUAAGCUAAGUUGACUUAACCCUUCGAUAAUCAUUAUCGUGAUUAACACGGGUUAUUUGUUACGUCUCAUUAAUUCACGAUACAAUGCGUAUUUUUAUAUUUGGGCUUCUCCGUAGUAUGAAGAACAUUAGUGUAAUGUGUGAAGAAAAUGUUUUGAAAAUUAUCACGUGAAUUCGAAACAGUCACUUGAAUAAAAAAAUACGAAUAAUCGAUAUUACGUGACAAAAUUUUUGUCUUUGCCCGUCAUUGAAGGGUUAAGUAUGUCGAGAUACUAAAUCACCCCAAACAUCAUUCUCAGCGAAAAUCCGAGAUAGAUCAUUCGAGAGAUUUACAUAUCGCAUGAUCGCACGAUGCGCAUAACCACAGAAUAUUUCUCCAGAAUAUGCAGGAUUCAACAGAAGCUGCAAUAUUAUUUUUUUAAAUCGUUUUUCUGUCAAAUAUCAUCGAGACAUUAUUUUGAUCGAUAUUGUCACUUUCAUACUUUCCAAUUCUGAGGCAGAAUAAGUGCACAUUCAUGAAUGGGGCAAUACGUAAAUAUUUGUAUCACAUCGAAAAAUUGCAUGAUGUAGUAAAGUCUCGAGUACUCGCGUAUCGAUAUUCGAUAAUCAACACGAUUGUCCAAACUCUGUAUUUUUCUGGGAAAAUAUUGCGCUCGGUUUCGCUUUUCUUAACAGUCAUAGCAUCGCAACAACAUAUACCAGAACGAUCUGGUAGCGAAAGAUAAGAGAAAUAUUAGUUCUCCCGUUACAGCGCGCGUUAAUUUAGGCGCCGGGCGGCUAAUUUUUAGGCCUAAGCUUUUGUAACCCCAACGAUAUCACGGCCGUGCGUUAAUGAUUAAGCAAUAUCGACGAUUUACCAAUAUUAAUAUUAUUAUUACAAUAUUAUUAAUACAAUAUUAUAGCAAUAUUAUUGCUAUGAUGAUAAUGAUGAUUAUUAUCUAUUAUAUUAUAUUAUUAUAAGAUUAUUAUUAUCAUCAAGAGAAUAAUGCAGAUUAAUUGCUAUGAUUAUUAUACGCAACGUUGCCUAUGUUACGUUAUCAUUUUAUCUACGAACAGUUGUAAAUUGACCAAAAACUAUAUAAAAAGAUUAAUAAAAGGCCUUAACAAGAA